AUGGCGGGGUUGGCCUUCAUGUCGGUGUCAUUCAUGCAGCAAAUGAGCGCUAGGAAGGAGCAAAGCGCCGCAAAGGAUUUGCCACUAGCGUUGACGUCGUCUGCGUUUUUAGGAUUUGGGGCGUUGUUUGUGUUGCUUUGGUCCGGAGUGUUCGUAUAGACUUGAAGGCAAGUAUGGUUAUUAUGGUUGUAUUUUUUCACGUGAUCUGUUGUGGGCGAACAAGUUUGAGAGCAUGUUUGUCGAAGUGCCUUCUGGCGAGGAAUUGCGGGUACCCGGCGUCGCAAUCAAUGUAGACUACCAGUGGGAGUAAAACAUAUUCGGGUGCAAUUCUCUACGAAGUUUCCCAGGCAUGACAACCUAGUUGUGAUACAUCGUAGCUGGUGAGUCUUGUGGACGCAUGUCUCGGUACUGUUGUAGCAUGGGUUGCGACGACCAAGCACAAUAAAUAUAUUUCCAAGU